AAGGUGAUCUCACGCAAUGCUCGACCCCACCCAGCUAGCAGACAAACUAUACUAUUAUAUAACCCAGCACCAGGUUGCAGCUGACGUGAUAUGUUCAGACCUCAUCAGGCGAGAUAGAGCUCUCAAUACGGUCGACCAAACUGCCAGUCUUGGAAUUCCGGGAGUCACACCCUUGUUCGGUCCCACACGCACUGUGAGCAACGAAGAAGUCGAUGGAAUUAUCGCGCAGUAUGACAGAAUGCUGGCUCAUGAACCCAGAACCUACAAAGACUUCUUCCAUCGACUACAAUAUGCUGCUGCGGCUGCCAUGUUUUUCCUUUUGCACAAGGUCACACCGGCGGUUAGUCAUGAUAGAAGCUGUUUCAAACAGUACAGCACCCAGAUGGCUAAGCUGCAUUGGAUUUUCCAUGCUCAUCGCGCCGCGAUGUUUGCAAUACCAACAUCUGGCCUUAUCAACCGACCUCAGGCAAUUAGCCUCCUUGGAAACAUUCAUCAGUUACUUGCAAGGCGGUUCAUCAUACACGCAUCAAAUCCGAGGCAAGCAUGGAAGAUUACAACAUGCAAACAUACGGCAGACAGUAUCUUGUACGGCGCCACGUUCGAGGAUACAGCUAUGGAGCUCACGGAAGAGGAGCUAGUCGACACGAUGGUGCAAAGCCAGCUCGUCAACUGACUGUUCCUCUGUAUUCACUUCACACACUAUGUCGGACAUUAUUAUUUUAUAUUGUGGGACAUUAUUAUAUUAUAUCGUGCUCGGAACGACACUCAGUACACCAAUGCGCAGGCGAUUUUCC